AUGAAUGUCUUCGGACAUGAGGAGGAUGCCAAGGGAAAGGCUGGUAUAAGAGAAUUUCCAAAGGUCACCCAGGCCUGGUCGGUCCACUCCAAGGCUGGUACCGCCCACGCCCGAACACCGCCCGCGGCCCGCCCCUUCGCCAAGUGCCCAGCCGGGUCUCACAGCCCCAACCCAGACGCCCCAGAACCAAGCAGGUGUCCUGGACGUUCGUGGCCACCGUCGCCAUCGUUGGAGGUGAUGGCUCAGCCAGCACGGCGCGGUCAUCCGGGCAAAGAAAAAGCUCCAGGGCCGGCGAGCGCCAGCGCGCAUCCCAGAACAGCCAGGGUGGGCUCCACCGCCGCUCUCCAGGCCCGGGUGCCUUGGCAACGGCCAGGUAAAGAGAAGAAAGGAAAAAGCCACAGAAAGUCUCGUGGGAAGAAGCAGAAGAAGCCCGAGGUGGACAUCCUCAGCCCCGCGGCCAUGCUGAACCUCUACUACAUCGCACACAACGUGGCCGACUGCCUGCAUCUGCGAGGCUUCCGCUGGCCAGGGGCUCCCAAAGGGAAAAAAGGGAAGAACAAGACUUAAGUGAUAGAGUUCUCCGCGCUCAGAGAACAACUUGGGGAAGAGAAAUCAAAUAACGCGACCCUGCAGGCAAAAUAGACUUUACUGAAGACACCUUGAAAUGCAAGCUCAGGGUGCUUUCUAUGGUAAAUAAUGGUGAAGAAAUGCCUUUUACUUCCUCAGUUAAGCUAGGCAUGGUUAGCCACUUUGGAUUUUCAGAAGUUAAGGGGAAAAACUUGAACAAUUCUUACACCAUGUGAUGGGAUUGAUAGUCCUUUAAAAAUUUAUUAUCAUAAUUCUGGGCCAGAAAUUAAACCUUGCUCUCAAAAGGCA